GUCACCCGGGCGUUGCGUUCAGGUGCGCUUUGCCCUCAGAGGUGACAAGUGUCUAAAACCGGCACCAUGGAUUAUACCAGAGCGACGAGCUGUCAAUUAUGAAAAGAAAAUGUUAAAGCAGCGUUCCAGUGUCGGAGAAAAACGGAGGAUUAAAGUGAAAAUAUCUACCGACGAUUUCUAUUAACCUUUGCUUUCUGCGAAUCUCUGCGGCUCUCACGUCGGGGUCGCUGAUCUUUCUUUCCAUUGCUUAACCAAUCUGUCACACCUCCUACUAUUUCCUCCUUUUCUUCGGUUAUAUCUUCUUCUGCUCUGCCCUCUUCAGACCUUCUCUCUUCUCUUCUCCUCUCCUGUCCUGUCUCUGUCAUGUCUGUAUCCAUGAGGAACCCACCCCAGCGCCGGCGCUCUCUGGGUCCCGUCUCGCCCAAACGCAUCUACAGAAACCUGUCGGUGAGACUGAGGGGCGGAGAAUCGUCUGUCGCUGCCGAAAUAGACGCACCGAAACACCUCAGCAAGUCUGCAGAUGCUUACAAGACCCUGUGGGAGGCGGUGGAGAAUGAGGACACUCUGGCCGUACAGAGCCUGCUGUCCAGAGAGCAGAUGAGCUGUGGAGGAGGAGCAGGAGGAAGCAUCUGGGAGAGAGGAGAGAAGAAAGAGAAGGACUGGGAGAGGGAGAGGGAGAAAGGGGUGAACAGGGUCAGCGAGCAGGGCCUGGUCCCGCUGGACGUGGCCGCCCUUACCCACAACUCCCCUCUGCUGCAUGUGCUGACGAAGGCGGGAGCCAGGCAUAACCCCGUUUUGUGCCGGCCGGCCGAGUGGGCGCUGAAGCUGGACUCUCUGGUGGCGCUGGCAGGUAAACGGGUGGAGGAGAGGAAGACGGAGCUGGUGAGGAAGGCGGGAGCAGGACCUCAGGCUCAGGCUGACGUCCAGAGACACAUCCGCCUGUGGAGGCUCAGGCUGCAGCUGUACUGCCGCAUGAGAGAGAACUUCCAGAAAACAGAGCUCCCCAGCCCUCCCAGUCAUGUGUCCAUCCUGGUAACCAGCACGUCGACUCUGUUUGUGGUGAUCAAAGAGCCAGAAGGUAACACCACGGGGCUCAUCACCCGCUACAGAGUGGAGUGGAGCACCUCGGCCAGCUUCAAACGCAUCCUUGGCUCAGCACAAGUUACCGAGACCAAGAGCCCCUCCUAUAUCAUCAAGGGACUGACAGCAGGAGUGCAUUACUUUGUGAGAGUGAGCGCCUACAAUGUGAAGGGAUGGGGCCCGCCUCAGUGCUCCACUCCAGUCAGCGCUGCCCCCUCCAGCUGGAGAGAGUGCAUCGGCGUGAAGUCCCAGUUCAGAAACCACGAGGGCCUCGUGAGGAAGCUGCUGGAAGACGCCAAGGAGUCACAUUAUAGAGGAUACUGCAUCGAGAACUCUAAGCCCCAGAGCCCCAGCAAGCGUCUGUCAGUGUCUCGAGGCAUCAAACAACUGUUCCAGUCCGCCACCAAGUUUGUUCGUCUCCUACAGAGGGGCGUGUAUUUGGCCACCGUGUUCUACCACAAGGAGAACAUCCUGCUCACAGCUGAAGAUCAGAUCCCACUGGUGGAGAUCCAGUGCUGCUCCACCUCCAUCACCCACGACUUCCUUUGGUUUGCCAAGCUCUCCUGUGCAUGGCAGCAGGUGCCCUGGCUCCAGCAGGCCCUCUCCUCCGCUCACUCGUCGCCCUCCUCCCUCCUCCAGAACAGACACAACAUUUUAAGAGCCGUUUCCCAGCUGCAGUCUUCUCUGGGAACAGAGGACCUGGGUCAAGUGUACUACGAACCACUCAAAGACAGGCAGGGCAACGUGCUGCUGGUGACUCUGAAGGAAUUUCCAAACCCUCCCAGCCCUCCUGACCCCCCGCUCCACUGGAUGCCUCUGGCCCGCCUGGAAAAGAACCGCAGCAGAACUCCUCUGCUGCCGGAGCCCACUGCCAUGGACAUGCUCUAUGAGCAGCUCAAGGAGAAGCAGUCCUUCCACAGGCACAGCAUCCAGUGGGCCCAGCCGGGUCUGUACGUGGGCAUCCUGAAACUGUGCAGCUCAGUGGAACAGAUCAGAGUUCUGGUGCCUCAGAGACUACCCAACCUACUGUGCCACACACGGGUCCGGCACAACGCCCACGUGUCGAGAGAGGAGUGGGCGUGGCUCCAGAGUCAUGUUUACACAGCAUCCAAUGGCAGCGUUCAGAACCUGUUGAGCGGCGAGGACGAGAGUUUGAUGGAGAGCAGCGGUCUGGUGGAGUUCGUCAGGUCUCUGAGAGCGGCGGUGACACAUCUCCUGACGAAGCUCAACAUCCCCCUCUACAGGGCCUAUCAGUACGGCGUGUACACCCGGGAGCUGCUGCAGUUUGGAGAAAAGCUGUCCAUGCUGCUUCUGCUGCCUCCCAGCGAGGACUUCAGCUCCAGUUACUGGCCUCUGGUUGGGACCAAGGAGCCUGGACUCACCAUGCCUCUGCAGAUCUUUGAGCUGGUUCACUUCUGGACGUACGAGCGGGAUUUCCUCUCCAAGUAUUGCCAGGCCUGGGUCCGGCUAGAGCUGGACACUCACCUGGCCCAGCAGGCUCUGCGGGAGGCGCUGGACACCAAGGAGGUGCAGGAGGCCCGCGAGCGGCUCAACCACAUCACCGAGCUGUCCCAGCGCUUAGAUGUGGUGUGGAGGGACGCCCGCUGGAUCAUGGACUGCCUGCAGUGUGUUCGGUCCAAGCAGUGGGUCGGGGCGGUGCCACUCGGCCUGGUGAUGGGAGGAGACCCGCCGCCGUGUCCCGACGGUGAGGAGGAGGAGGAGAGCCUGACCGCCAGACUGACGUGGCCCCAUCGGAUGCAAGCACAGAGAAGCAUUGCAGGUACA